UUGGCAUCAAAUUUCAAAAUGAUGGAAAUAUUACCCUCGUCGGAAGCCGACAAGGGCUCCUCCCGGUUACAGCAGGCUAUCGAUAAAGAACUUUUCAUUUCCCGUUGCAAAAAUCGUCUAACAGGGAAAAAGAAACUGCAAAAAUAUCUUCCCGAGCGUUCGAGCUUUCUUUACCAGUUCCUCGGAAGGCACGGCGGAAGCCUCAACCUUAGAACUAACAUCUACAAAGACUUCCUAGGCGAAACGGACCGGUCGGACGAGCUUAAAAACAAGGUGAUUAGCUCGAUGAUUCCGGACGAAGUGUUAUGCAGUGCAGAAGACUAUUGUCCCCGGUGGUACAUGACGGCGCUGAUGUUUGCCGAUGUUUCUGGAUUCACUGAUCUAUCCGAGAAAUUCAAUAAACCCGGAAAAGGUGGUGCAUCGAAACUUUCGCAGGUCCUCAACUCCUACCUUGGAGCGAUGGUUCAGGAGAUCCUGUCGCACGGUGGAGAUAUUCUCAAAUUCUCCGGAGAUGCAUUCCUGGUGCAGUUCAAGGUGACGUCGUCCGUUUCGCUCUCUGACGCUACACACCGGGCUAUCGACACGGCGAUAAUAAUUCAAAAAUCGUUUGGGGUGUAUAAGACCGAGGUUGGUGUUACGUUGCGCGUGAAAAUAGCAAUUGCUGCUGGAGAAGUUUGUUUUGCACUGAUCGGUACGGAAAAUUUUUCCCACUACGUCACAAUCGGACAGCCUGUGUGGAAGGUGAAGAUUGCGGAACGUAUUGCCGAGGCUGGGGAUAUAAUCGUAAACUAUUUAGCUUGGAAUUAUAUACAUGAGAAUGAGUAUAUUUCCGAAUCUUGUGAUGACAAGGUGCACUUCCGAAUAAAAGGGUUCACCAGCUAUUGGCGGUCAACGCAGCGGUUGAAUAUUUUUGACUCACUUCAAGACGAGCUUAUGAAAAGUGACUCGGAGAUUCUGAUAGGAGAUGAUGAAAUGAAGUGGGAUAGUGAGACCCUAGGGAUUCGGCCCAGUUUGAAACACGUCGGAGCUAGGACAGAUUCUUCAGCAUUACGAAGAUUUAUGAUCAAACCCAUCCUGAACGCUAUAGAUACUAAGGAACCGUUGGAGUUUCUCACUGAGAUGAGACAAAUUGUGACAGUUUUUUUGAAUAUAGUGCUGAAACCGAAGGAUGUUCAGGCCGUCGUCGAGGAAAUCAAUUCAAUUUUCACUUCUUUGUGCAAUCUGGUCGAGGGCUAUGAAGGAACAGUUAACAAAAUAUCGUUAUUCGAUAAAGACGUGAUGUUUCUAAUUAUCUUUGGUCUCCGCGGAUACAAACAUGAUCUCGAUAGUCAGAUUGCUUUACGCUGCGCUGCCGAGAUCCGUGAGCUUUACCAAUCCAAUUCAAGGGUUCUCUCGGCUUCGAUUGGUGUUACCACCGGCAUGACAUACUGUGGCGUAGUUGGACAUUUUGUUCGACGAGAGUAUUCAGUAAUCAGUGUCACUGUCAACAAAGCAGCCCGUCUGAUGAUGGCUUAUCCCAACAAGGUGACCUGCGACAAAGACACGUUCAUGAUGAGCAAGUUGGAUCCUGUACAUUUCACGCUGCAGGAAGCCAUCGAACUGAAGGGGCUGCAAAACGUGGGACCAAUUUAUGCAUUCAAGGAGAUCAUUCCAGAAAGAGAAAUGUUGAAGCCAGUCGAAUAUGAAUACCCGUUGGUAGGAAGGGACGAAAUUCUUGAAGUAUUUCAGGAAAUGUUAGAAGAUGGCAUGUUUCUCACCGAACAAAUGGAAACGGAUGGUUUCAGCAAAAUCCGCGGUUAUACCAACCAAAAUUGUCUGCUAAUCAGAGGGGAUGCUCAAAUGGGGAAAACUCGUCUUCUGAAUGAAAUAUUUCACAGCUCCUUGAAGAACAAGAAGAUAAGCUCGUUGCGAUUGACGCUUACUAUGAAAGAUGUGAAAAAACCUUUUUCCGCAGCAAAUCUGUAUCUGUCGAGACCGUUGGGCUUCACUGAAACUAUUACCAGCAUCACACGAGAAAAUCGUAUAAAGCAAUAUUUGAGCGAGUACAAGUUAAAUCAACAUUUAUCUCUCCUCAACGAAAUUCUUGAGGUGGAAUUCCCAGAAACAGAAAUUCUCCGGAUGAUGAACAAGACUGAACAGAAAUCGAUGCGAAGGAAUUUGUUCGAAUUGUUGUGCCAGAAGGCCUUUCAAAAUCUGUGGGUACUUGUCAUCGACGACGUUGAGUUUAUGGACGAUGAAUCAUUGGAGCUGUUUGAAAUUUUAUGGAAAAUGCCUCAGGUAAUCGCAGUACUUGCGCUUGGCUAUCAGCGCCGAAUGGCGCUACAACGCAUGAAAUUAUUCGAUAAUCCUCAUGUUUGUCAGUUGAAACUGAUGCCCGUCGAUACGCUCUUGCAUAAUGCUGUCGCCUGUCAGUUUCUGAAUGUGAAUGCGAUUCCACUGGAUCUUGAGCGCGCAAUUCACACCAUGAGCAACGGUAACCCGGGAUGGAUAAACACCUUCUUGAUGUCCCUGAAGCAAAGUGGGAUGAUGCGAAUCGUAAGGAUGGGUACGUUCGAGGCUCAAAGACAGGGCUACGUGUUCUGCGAAUCCUCCUUCUUACAUCAACGCGGCACACGAUCAUCUAUGUCGAUUCGAAUCAGUAUCAAUGAUUGGGAUCUGUUUGAAGCCUGCUGUGGGGAUGAUCAAUUGCUGUUGUAUCCACAAGCGAAUAUUUCCAACAAGCUUGUUGAUGUGGCUUGUUUGAAAGGAGCUAUCGAUACACAGAACUAUUUUUCCUCCUCUUGUCUGGAUGCGUUCCAUUUGAUGCUGUAUGAUUCCCUUUCGUCGUAUGAGCAGUACGUGUGCAAGUGCGCCGCCGUUUUGGGACAGAAAUUCCUCCGAGUGGCGCUUAUAUUUGUGAUUUCACAGGACAGCGAACGAGAUCUCGCGAUUGCUAUCAAAAAAUUAUUCGACCUUCAAAUUCUCUCCUGCGCUAUCGGAGACUUCACUCCCGGUUUCAGUUUGUACCAGAAGAACGUUAACACAGAGCAGCUGCCCAAGCGCACAUGUCGUUGCUUGAACCUGACAAUUUCAAGGGCCUGUCGUGAACUUCCUAAAUACGCCGCAUGUGGCUAUUCGAAAUUUGAUUCUAGCCUCUUCCGCCAGACCGUGUACAAUUUGCUAACCGAGGAACAGAAGACCGAGUUUCAUAGCAGAGCUCUUACUUUCAUUGAAUUGGAAACGAAGAAAUGUGGUUCAUGUGGAGGUGGUCUAUUCAGUAAUCUGAUUUCCAGUGAUGAUCGGUUUGAAGUUUUAUUGGGAUUCAAGCGAGGAAGUGAUUCGAAUGAGCUGUCCAACUAUUUAUUAUUUCAGAACGAAACAAAUGAGACUUCAAUGCACUCCGAUCAUGGCGGCUCUACACUGUUGGACUGUUUUCCCUGGCGUAGAUCCGGCAGAUCGGAUGGAAGGGUUCGAAUUAUGAGCUACCAGGAAUUUGAUUUCACCAAUUGUCGUUGCCAUAUGAUUUUGUACUCGAUGUACGCCGAGAUAGUGUUCCACAGCCAAGGGGCUGGAAUGACCGAAAAGCAUAUAGAGGCUCAGAUCGAGUGGGCGAACUGCUGCAUCAAAAUUACCAACAUUCCGAAAGCGAUCCAAAUGCUAGAAAGUGUACUGGAGCAAAUGACGGAAAUCGAUCGGCUCGAAAACAUUGCAUCGAUCACCUAUUUGAAGGGACGGGUAUAUACUCUACUGGCAGUUUGUAGACUGGAGUUAGGGCAAUACACACUGGCGAUUGAAUAUUUCUACACUGCGUCGGAAGUGAUGGGAAUGCCUUUUCCCAAGUCCAGCACUGCGGCAACUCUUAUGUUUGUUUUUCUUUUUGGUAAAGUGAAGAGGAUGGUUCGCAGGAACGAAUUGCUGUCACCGAAACGUCCUAAAUCAAUUUGGUACGCCCUAAUUGUGUCCCAGUUAUCGUGUUGCUUCGGAGGGAUGUUUUAUCUGUUCAGUAAGUUAACUCAGUGGAAACUUGCCCAGUUGGCUGCCGUGUGGAGUUUGAAGCAUGCCCUCAAAUACCGUCGUGAUUCGUCCAUGCUAGUGGAUGCUUUCGCCAGGAUGUUUCAAAUUGCAUUUCAUAUGGGAUUCUCCGACGAUAUACUUUGGAUGCAGGAGAGGUCGUUGGCGAUCAUUGCGGAUAAUGUGGACUUGGUCGAUGUGGACUUUAUGCAAUCAAUUAUAAGAUACUAUACGGCUUUGCUUUUGUGCCAAACAAUUCGUUCAAAGAAACAUCUCUCGAUCGAGUUAGGAAAGGUUGUGUUAAAGAUGACUGAUACGUUGCAGUACAACAGUGGUGAUUGGCACAUCAUACCGAUUCUAGCUGAACUGCUUAUAUCCCAUCGCAAGAUCACUGAAGCCAUCACCAUGCUUUGGAACUUCAAGAGCCUCACCAACAGAUAUCAGGAUAGUUUCGGUAAGGCGUGGUAUUACGCCAUUGCGCUGGAUAUUCUGCUUGAUACAAGUUGUUGCAUCGAAACGUAUAGUAGCUGUGAGAGUUUUUAUCUGAAAAAUUGUGAGGCUUUAGGCCAUCAGCGAGAUGCAUAUGCGAUCACCAGAUUGUAUGCUGACAUGUGGCUGUGGUGCGUUCGCAAUGAGGCCUGGGAAACUGCAGACACCUGGAUGAACAAGUUGAUAGAUGUUUUCGUGCUCACUCCGCACGAUUCCAUGAUUAACGUUCACACUGCAAUUCAUGUUUUGGAGGGCUUCAUUCUGACGUUGGUCAAUAAGAUUGAGGCUAGAAGUAUUCCUGCAAUUGUUCGACUACAAACGGAAAUAGAUAUUUUGUGUCAUAACAUUGAAGACGCGCUAGACAUUAGCAAGUGUCAUGAGGCUAAAUUCAAUUUGAUGAGAAUUUAUUAUAAGCAUGUGAUCAAACCAAGCCCGAAAUCUAUCCGUGAUCUAAUCAAACUGCAUAAGAAAGCUAUUGAACGAAACGAAUUCAUUUGCGCUGAAAAAAUACAACACACUAUUCAUUAUUGGCGCUGUGAAUUACCGCCGAGGAUCGAAACAUUUUGGUUGGAUCAUUGCUCCGAAGAUAAUGAAAACGUUGAACUCAACGCCGAGACCGGAAUCGAUGAGAUUAUUCCCGCGGGGUAUCGAUAUGACUAUACGAGUUGCAUCCUGAACAACGAACGUAUCUAUCCCUAUUCUUUGCCGUUACCAAGGGCUAGAUAUUUUUAA